AUGUUCUUGUGCUCCUGGCGCUCCGAGCGAGCAUGCCAACACUGUGGCGUCGACCAGACCAUCUGGGUGGGACCUCGGGAUCUGGAUGACUGGACCGGUCCAACCAAAAGCAAGUUCAAUUCGAAUUCGUGGUUCACAUGUUACGCGGCGCCUCGUGACGGUGUCUACAGCACGAACUCCAUGGCGAUACGGUAUGAUUAG